UUUUUUUCAUGUUUCUAAGGGUCAGAGUACAAGAGCAUAACAGUACCAUUGACACAUAUAUAUAUGUCUAUAUAUAUAUUUUGAAAAAUAGUGACAGCCAGUGUAUAUCGUCCCGACAACACACACACAACAAAAGGGUCUAUAUAUAAAUAAACGAGUACUAUUAAUGGUACUGGCACCAGCAGUAAGAACACACCGAAGAAGUUUAGCAGCAGUAUAGUAUAGUAUCUUUCAAAGCUAUGUAACUUGUAUUUUUCUUGUACAUGUAAGUAUAUUUCAGUGUAUCAAUAUAUCACUUUAAAUUUUAAUAUGUUUGGCAUAUGUAAACUGUAACUAUGUAAAUGACGUGUUGCAUAGCAUUAAAAUAUCAACAAUUGUCCUAGAAAAUACUGAAAACGACGAGUUUCAAAAUACGCACGAUCACGGAAUCACACGGACAAAGCGCGGGUGACUAUGGGAUUGGCAUAGAGUGUACGGAGACAAGAGAUCAGUGUCCGUGUCGUUAUUUUAUCAGUACCUUUUAUUUGUUAAAAAAAAUAUCUUCAAAACGAUCCUAUCUAAUUCAAAAUUGUGACUACAUAGUGUUGAAAAAUAGUGAAACACAAAGCUACGGAAAUUACAUGAAAAAUGAAAAUCUAAGACAACAUAUGUUUUUUAUUUCUAUUUAAAUUGGAGUAUUAUUGUCUUUAAAAAAUUAACAAUUUUUCCCCCAUUUAAUUUGACGUAAUCUAUGUCAUGUUGAUUUUUGUACGUCUUUUUUUUUUUUUUUUUUUUUUUUAAAGCAAUUAAGUACCGGUACUUAAAUUUUGAUUGUUUCCACUAUAAAAAAUUUUCUAAAAUACCUUGGAAUUUUAUGGAUGAUAAACGUUCGCCGGCAAAUUGGCACUGAAGAAGAGCUAUGUGUAACACCUUUCAAAUGUUAUUUCAAACCAUACUCUUUGACAGCACGUUUAGAAGUUUUUCAAUAAUUAUGAAGAAUUUAUAUUGCUCUGCGUCGAGUGAGAGCGGAAGAAAUGCAAGGAAUUUUGUUUUAUUUUAUUAUAUUACUUUUGUUACACUUUAUCGUUAAAAAGUUACGUAUAUUGCAGCAAUAAAUUUAACUGCCGACCGCAAGUCAUUCGUUACAUUAAAUAAGAUAAUUUUCCGUAUUUGAGUUUAAAUAGACAUUAACAUGUGAGUAUUGGAUCGUAUUUCAUUCACACCGUUAGAAAUUAAUGAUCGAAGCUGUUUUAUACGAACUUUAAUUUGAGACUGACAUCCGAACGAAGGCUUGAGUCAUAUGAAAACAUUAUAGUGUUGGUUAACAUACCACUGCAAGUUUAUGUCCCCCGUGUGAAACGACGCAACUACGAAUGGCGAGUGUUUACGUGCGCGCCACGCAGUAGACUUAUCUCCGGCCGACAACCUUGAGUUUACAAGUCGCGCCACUCGGAUCACAACAUCAACUGCGCAGUAGCCGGCCGCGAGCCAGGCAAAAACAAGCACUGCUCGAGUCGAACUGGCAAGCCUCGCGGCCGCUGCAAGCAACACAAGCAACACGGGGACAUAACAGCGACACAACAAUAACGCAUUGGCGUCACAGCCGACUGCCAGCCGUGUUUCAGCGAAGCAGCGAGCGAGCGUCAGUUGUGCGUCGCAGACUCGGGCGUCAACUUGACCAGCGCGGUGCCACGUCUCUAUAAAGGCUUGUUUAUUUCUGGCGGCGCUAAAAGCGUUCCGUUGUCGAAGCAAGUAUCUGUUGUUGCGCGCGCGUGGGUGACUGUGUUGUGUGCAGACGAGAGCGCGUGGAUAACAAGAUGUCGGCGUCCCCCAUCGCCCGGCAGGCUACUCACAGCCAGAGCAUCCCGUCCAGAAGGGUGGUGCUGAACGACGCCUCGCAGCUGCCCGCUGACUACUCGUGCACGCCAGGGGGCACGCUGUACUCCACCACCCCCGGCGGCACCCGCAUCGUGUACGAGAGGGCGUUCCUGAUGAACCUGCGCAACUCGCCGCUGGCGCGGACUCCGCCCUCGGACAUCACCAGCUUCCCCAGCAACCUGCUGAAGGGCGCCCCCGACGCCCCCGACGCCCCCGACGCUCCCCUCAAGGAGCCCCACGUCGCCACUCCUCCCAAGACCGGUACGGUCCCACGCAUCGCUUUACCUCGGCAUAUGCUCCAGAGCACAUUGUUGAAAAUAAGCUUUCAUAAUAAAACAAUUUCAUUGGUAGAGGAUAAAUUAAUGUGUUAUUCUGUUAGCUUCGAAUGUUAAGACUUGUUAUCCGAGAUACUAGAUAAUCUUUGAGAUACUGAAUAUACAGAACAAAGUAACUAUAAUAUAGAUAAGGAACCUUAUUUUUUAAUCAUUUUGUGUGGGAACAAUGAAGAUAAGUAAGUUAUUGAGGUGAAAAAAAAAAAAACUUUCCAGUUAUAUUGAUUUUUGUUAACUGCUGUAUUGUUUUAAUACAAGAUUGUAGUAGUGCAACUAAAAACAUUGGCCUAUGUUUAAAUUAAUAAUUCUUUUGCAUCUGUGCGAUAAGCAAUAAUCUCAUGCUGUAUAGCCUUCCAAGGAAAGAUUUUGCAAACUGUCAAAUAAGUACCAUUUUAGCUACCUAAAUUGAAAAAAAAAAAAUCAGAACAAUGUUUUCAUUAAUUUUUUUAAUUCUUAAAUUGUAUUGACCUAGAAAUUUAAAAGUACUGAAAUCUGCAUUAGAAAUUGCACAAGUAUCUGAGCAGUGUUUUCCAGGUAGAAUUCCCAAUGAUUUACUCACAUCAGUCGAUGCAAUAGAGAAAGAGAAUUGUGGUUUUUUAGUCAUCUGUAUGCAUUGUCUUUUAACUCCUUAGUAAAAUAACAUUUUUCAUAAACCUAAUUAGUAAUUAUCAUUGGCCUGGAGUCAGAUGCCUGAAUAAUCUGUAAUUGUGCAUAAUUUAUUUUGCUUUUGGAAAAAUCGGUUUAUGUUAGGUCAGUUAUAAAAAUAUGUAAAAUUGUUAAACGUAUUAUUACUCUCACAAAAACAUUUUGUUUUAUUUUAGAAUUGCAUUAUGCACUUCAACUUUGUUUUUAGGCCUGUUAAUAUUGUUUUUAAUAAUAAAUUUAACACACUUCUAUGGCAAAAUUCACAACGUACAGGCAAGGUAGUACUGCAGUCAUUACAAGUCGUUAGUCGGAUGGUUCUAUUCUCCAUAGAAUAGGUUUUUCCCACAGAAUAGGAUUUUUUUUUAAUAAAUUUAUUUCCUCCUUUUUUACACUCUGUCUACAAUUCACUAAUUAAUUUAAUUUUACAGAAGUAUUUAGGUGGGUAUAAUUUCCAACUUAUUCAGAUAAUUUAAACGAUAAUAUCUUAUAAUAUCUUGAUUAGUAUAUAAUAAGUUGUUCUUGUAAAUCACAAGAAACAUUAAUGAGCUAACUUUUUUUUGCUAUUAGUGGAAUCAGAUCUUUCAUUAAAAAAAU